AUGGAGAUACUUUUGACCCUGACCUUGAUCCGGUUGAAUAAACUUUUGAACUCGCUGCCAGCUGCUAAUGAUAAAGGGCCGAUUACUGGUUGUUCGUUGAGCGAAGUGAAUGAUGUUAAAAGCGAUUUCUUGAAACUACCUGAAAGUGUUCGGGAAUUUGGACUGGUAGUAAUGCCAAUGGCUGUCGAUGAAGAACCCAAUUACACGUUGUUAAUUUCGAUUAUGAAGAAUUUGUCCGGUUCGCAGCAUCUCAACGAUCCAUACGACUGGGAGAAUGAUUACAGGGAAGUGUUAAAGGAGCAAAAAUUAGUGUCAUUUGCCCGAUAA